AAACCCUUCUUUCCUUUUAUCAUUUUUUUCCUUUCCUUUUAUCAUUUUUUUAUUCCUUUUUUGUAUUAAACAAAGGAACGAUGACUGGGGGAAUUGAGGAAGGUGAUCAAAGUGUGAGUCUUGAUCUUCUUAAGCAGGAAAUGGCCAACUUUGCCAAGGAAAGGGACUGGGAUCAGUUCCACAGCCCUAGAAACCUCCUUUUGGCCCUGGUGGGUGAAGUGAGAGAAUUGUCGGAGAUAUUUCAAUGGAAAGGGGAGGUACCAAAAGGGUUGCCUGAUUGGAAAGAAGAAGAAAAAGUUCAUGUCGGUGAAGAACUCUCCGAUGUUCUACUCUACCUCGUAAGGUUGUCUGAUAUUUGUGGCAUUGAUCUGGGGAAAGCUGUUUUGCGCAAAGUUGAACACAAUGCUAUCAAAUACCCGGCUUCAAAGAAAAACCUCAACUCCAACAAUGGCAUUACAGGGAGUAGUUGAUCAUUAUCUAUUUAAGUGUUUAGUUUUCUUUAAGAACUUGUAUUUAUAUUGUAAUA